CAAUAAUUGAUAAUAAAAUGGUAUCAUCAUCAAAUUUAGGUUUCCCACGUAUGGGUGAAAACCGUGACUUAAAAAAAAUCGUUGAAGCUUACUGGGCUGGUAAAGUUGACGAAGUCGAAUUUUCAAAUACUAUUAAAUCAAUUAGAGCUAAACACUGGACCUUACAAAAAGAAACUGGUAUUAACAUUAUCCCAAGUAAUGAUUUUUCAUUAUAUGAUCACGUUUUAGAUCAUGUUCUUUUAUUUGGUGCCAUUCCAAAACGUUAUGAACCAGUUGUCGAAUCCGAAGUUGAAGAUAACUCAAAUGGUUUCCGUACCUAUUUUGCCAUGGCUCGUGGUUAUCAAACUAAAAAAGCUGCUUCUGAAGUUGCUGCCACCGAAACUGAAGGUGCUUUUGCCACUAAAGUUGAAAAGAAAAUUGAUGUUGGUUCAUUUGAAAUGAAAAAAUGGUUCGAUACUAACUAUCACUACAUGGUCCCAGAAUUUGAAGCUGAACAACAAUUUAAAUUAACCAACCACGCCGGUUACACUGCACCAAAACCAGUCCACGAAUUCUUAGAAGCUAAAGCUCUUGGUAUUGAAACCCGUCCAGUUAUUUUAGGUCCAAUUUCAUUCUUAUUAUUAGGUAAAUCAGCCGAUAGCAACAAACCAUACACCACUAAAUUCGAUUCAUUAGUUCACCUUGAAGCUUUAGUUAAAGUUUAUGAACAACUCUUCGAACAAUUAGUUGCCGCCGGUGUUAAAUCUGUUCAAAUUGAUGAACCAGUUCUUUGUUUCGAUCUUUUAGAAGAUACCACUAGAGCUGAUCUCAUUAAAAAUGCUUUUUCAGUUGCCUAUAAUAGAAUCCACAAAGUUGCCCCAACUGUUAAUAUUUUAAUUGCCACUUAUUUCGGUGAAGUUCGUGAAAAUAUCGAAUUAAUUACUUCACUCCCAAUUAAUGGUGUUCACAUCGAUAGAGUUAGAUCUUCAUCUGCUGCUUUUGAUGCUGUUUUAGCUAAAAUCCCAUCAACCUGGACUGUUUCAAUUGGUAUCAUCGAAGGUAGAAAUAUUUGGAAAAAUAAUUUAAAUAAUUCAAUCAUUGUUGUUAAAAAAGCCAUCGAUUUAUUCGGCAGCGAAAGAGUUAUUGUUUCACCAUCAUGUUCAUUAUUACAUUCCCCACACUCCUUAGCCAAAGAAGUUGGUUACGUUAAAGCUGAAGUUUUAGAUUGGUUAGCUUUUGCCGUCGAAAAAUUAAAAGAAAUUGCUUUCCUUGCUUUUGUUUUCAACUCAUGCACUGUUUCCGUUGCUGAUAAUCAAGUUACUAACGUUGAAUCAAACAAUGUAAGAAAAGUUUCAAAAUUAAUCCACAACGAUACUGUUAAAUCAAGAGUUAACGCUGUUACUCCAGAAAUGUUCAAGAGAAUCAACAAAUACCCAGUUCGUCGUGAUGCACAAAGAAAGAGAUUAACCACCUUACCAGAUUUAUUCCCAACCACCACCAUUGGUUCAUUCCCACAAACCCAACAAGUUCGUGUUGCCAGACAAAACUACAAAUCAAAGAAAAUUACUGCUCAAGAAUAUGAUCAAUUUAUUCGUAGUGAAAUUAAAGCUUGUGUCCAACUUCAAGAAGAGUGCGGUCUUGAUGUUUUAGUUCACGGUGAAUUCGAACGUAACGAUAUGGUCGAAUAUUUCGGUGAAAAUCUUGAAGGUUUCGUCUUCACUGCCAACGGUUGGGUUCAAAGUUACGGUAGUCGUUGUGUUAAACCACCAAUUAUCUAUGGUGAUGUCCACAGACCAAAUCCAAUGACCCUCGAAUACACCAGUUUUGCCCAAACCCUUACUGCCAAACCAAUGAAAGGUAUGUUAACUGGUCCAGUUACCAUCCUCCAAUGGUCAUUUGUUCGUGAUGACCAGACUCGUUCACAAACCUGUAACCAAAUUGCUUUAGCCAUCAGAGAUGAAGUUGUUGAUCUCGAAACCGCCGGUAUUGCAGUUGUCCAAAUCGAUGAACCAGCCAUUCGUGAAGGUUUACCAUUAAGACAUUCAGAUUGGAACAUCUACCUUGAAUGGGCUGUUAACAGUUUCCUUUUAUCAUCGACUGGUGUUAAAGAUAGUACCCAAAUCCACUCACACAUGUGUUACUCAGAUUUCAACGAUAUCUUUGAAUCCAUCCAAAAUAUGGAUUGUGAUGUUCUCACCAUCGAAAACUCUAAAUCAGAUCUUAAACUCUUAAAAGCUUUUGAAAAAUAUGGUUACACUAAUGAAAUUGGUCCAGGUCUUUAUGAUAUUCAUUCCCCAAGAAUUCCAUCAGUUGAAGAUAUGAAGAACCGUGUUGAACAAAUGCUUAAAUAUCUCCCAGCCAACCUCUUAUGGGUCAAUCCAGAUUGUGGUCUUAAAACUAAUAAUCCAGUCACUGUUAAACAUGCUUUGGUUAACAUGGUUAAAGUUGCUGUUGAAUUAAGAGCUGCCUUUAGCAAAUCAGAAUAAAUAUAUAAAUAAAUAAUUUUGUGUAAUAUUUAAUAAAAAAAAAAUUAAAAAUAAAAAUUAAAAAAAAAUAAUUAAAAAAUAU